CUACAGAAGUUGCGAAUGAAGUCGUCAGGCGCUGAUCGAUCGGAAUCUUGAGAGGAGCUGGAGUUAAAGCGGCCUGAACAUGAUCUCUCGUCAGAGUAAGGAUUUCCUCAUACGGAUCGCCGGUUACUGGAAGCCGCUGUUCAGAGGCCGGUUUCUGAUCGUGACGAACACUGUGAGCUCCGGAGGGAUGUUAGCCACGGGAGAUUUCCUCCAGCAGACGCGCGAGACGCGGAGGACACCCGGCCGAACACGUGACUGGACGCGUACAGGUUGUAUGUUUGCGGUCGGAUGCUCUAUGGGUCCUUUCAUGCAUUAUUGGUACCAGUGGCUCGACAGAUACUUUGUAGGCAAUGGCAUUAAUAAUGUCUGCAAGAAAGUGCUUACUGAUCAGCUGGUCGCAUCGCCAGCUCUGGGGGCCUGGUACUUUCUAGGUAUGGGUAUGAUGGAGGGUCACACUUUUUCUGAGGCACAAGCAGAAUUCAGAGGCAAAUUCUGGGAGUUUUACAAGGCAGAUUGGUGUGUUUGGCCUGCAGCUCAGAUGAUAAACUUCUACUUCUUGCCACCCAAGUUUCGUGUCCUUUAUGUCAAUAUGAUCACCCUGGGAUGGGACACUUAUCUCUCCUACCUCAAACACAGAGACAAAGUAGAGGCCACAACAGAAGCUGAGUGAGCUGCCUGAAGAUGUCUGAGGGAAAAGGAAGAUUUAAAACCACAGCUUCAAUCAUGAAAAAAAGAAUAAAAUCUUUUUUUAAA